AUGAGGAUUUUGCAGAAGAUGCUUAUGAUGACGACCGCUAUGACAGUCAGCGAGAAGGUGGCCACCGAAAAUCGUUUCGAACAGUCCAAUCAGCUGAGGGAGCGGAUGCUGGCAAACCCGUCGGAAAAGAGGUGGCUUUAUCGGCGAGUCCUCACUACGUAUCAUGACACCACUCUGUGGCACGACUUUGUUGAAGGUCUUGAUGUCCAGAAAGUGGGCGACUUUACCACCACCUUCAUCUUGAGAGCGCACCUCAUCACACGCUUCCUGUACGGCGAAAUGACACCAAAAUUCCUGAAGCUCUGGGACAGCUCUGCAACUUGCACUCGUUGCUGGCCGUCUUCUUGGAAGGAGUACCUGCAUCUGUCACAGUGA